GUGUAGAAGACAAACGCAUCAUAGAAUCCACUCUAAUGAGGUGACUGGCACAAACUAAGUCGUCCAGUCAAAAACAAAAAAGUGGUCUUCGCGUUGAUCAAUGCCAACACUUUCUGAAAAGAACAGCUCAGAAGCUGUCCGCUCCGGCGAGAUGACCGAACGCGCUAGAACACCAACGGAAAAAAGCGAGACGACCAAUGUCGCCGAAAGCACAAUCUCGGACGAUGCCUCGAAGCAUAUCACCGGCAUGGAAGACAUUGAGAACUUCCAAAUAGCCAAGACGACCAGCAACGACGUGAAGGAGAGGGAAGAGCAAGACCCAAAUAUAGUAGGGUGGGAUAGCGAAGAUGAUCCUGCUAAUCCUAUGAACUGGACGUUACUCAAGAAAUGGACAAACGUCGGGCUGAUAUCUGCCAUCACUUUCAUCGUCCCUCUUGCAUCGUCUAUGUUUGCUCCUGGUGUUGCCCAAGUCUCCUCCGACUUUAAUGAAACCAACCCACUCCUCCAAGCUCUUGUCGUCUCAAUAUAUGUCAUCGGUCUCGCAAUCGGACCAUUAGUGCAGGCACCCAUGUCCGAGGUCUAUGGCCGAUGGAUCGUCUAUGCAACCUGCAAUAUCCUAUACGUCGUCUUUACCGUUGCUUGUGCAGUAUCAUCGAAUAUCUCGAUGUUGAUCGUCUUUCGUUUCUUCGCUGGUUGUUUUGGCUCCGCGCCCGUAACUAUUGGUGGAGGCACCAUUGCAGAUCUAUUCCCACCUCAACAGCGUGGACGUGCUCUUUCCCUUUAUACGCUGGGCCCAGUAGCCGGGCCUGCCAUCGGCCCAAUUGCCGGUGGCUUCCUAUCACAAAGUGAGGGUUGGAAAUGGAUCUUUUGGGUCUUAGCCAUUGCAAGCGGAGUCAUCACCGUUGGCCAUAUAAUUUUUUGCCACGAGACGAGCGCAGUUGUGAUACUCAAUCGCAAAGUGAAGAGACUGCAAAAGGAGACGGGCAACAUGAACCUUCGGUCGAAGCUGGACAGACAGAUUUCGAACACGGAAGUGCUCAAGCGAGCAAUCGUGCGUCCGGCCAAGCUCACGAUUCUCUCGCCCAUCUCCGUUCUUAUGUCUGUUUCUACAGCCGUGGUGUACGGCAAUUUGUAUCUGAUGCUGACAACCAUCACCGCUGUUUUUGAGGUGAGCUAUGGGUGGUCAACCGGUAUUUCAGGGUUGGCAUAUAUCGGCAUGGGCGUGGGCAACGUCAUCGGUCUGCUCUCGUUCUCUAUCACUAGCGACAAGUACCUGCAGCAAAAAUCUGCCAAGGGGCUACAACUAAAGCCCGAAGACCGUCUGCCGUUAAUGCUACUCUCUGGCCCAGCCAUUGCUGCAGGCAUGUUCUGGUACGGAUGGAGCGCAAAAGCUCAAACUCACUGGAUCGUUCCCAUUCUCGGAUCUUCACUUGUUGGCGCCGGCAAUAUGUUUUUCUUCAUGCCGAUGAUGGGAUACCUCGUCGAUGCAUACACCAUCUAUGCCGCAUCAGCACUAGCAGCAAACACCGUUCUUCGAUCCAUUGGCGGUGGACUUCUCCCUCUUGCCGGACAGAGCAUGUACAAAUCGUUGGGAUAUGGAUGGGGCAAUUCACUUUUGGGAUUUAUCAUGAUAGGCUUCACGCCUGUCGUCUUGUUCAUUUACCGAUAUGGCGAGUAUAUUCGGACACGAUGGCCACUGAAUCUUGAUUAGACAGUCCGAU